AUGAGUCUCUCUGAGGAGAGUGCUGCAUCUCCAGAGUCCAGCUGUGCAUCUAUGAAGACGGAUGAGUCAAUGGAUUCACCCCAGAACUUCAGUGAUGAAAAUGUGACCUUCGACCCCAGAGAUGAUCAGACUGGAACGACAGAGCAUGGUUCUCACCUAACAGCAAACAAUGAACUACAGAGAAUCAAAGAACAGCUCAAAAGUAGCAUGAAAAACAAGUAUGAGAGCUUAUUUGAGGGAUUCAAACUACAAGAGAAUCAAACCCUACUGAACAGUAUCUACACACAACUUUACAUCACAGAGGGAGACGGCAUAGCUGGAAUUGGAAAAACUGUUUCAGUGCAGAAGUUUAUUCUGGACUGGGGCAGAGGAGAGGCCAAUCAGGAUAUAGACUUCAUGUUUGUGCUUGCAUUUCGAGAAUUAAACUUAAUUAAAGAGGAUCAGCACAGUCUUCAUAGUCUUCUGCUGGACUUUUAUCCUGAACUUCAAGAUGGUCAGAAGGUUUCUGAUGUGAAUGAGUCUUCAUCUGUUGGUACAUUGUUAUCAAACCUGGUGAAAGGAGAGCUGCUUCCUCUGCUUUCAUCUGGAUCACCACCAGACCAGCAGCAGCCAAUCAGAUCCUCAAAAUACAUAAACCGCCUGACAGAAAUUCAGGGAUUCAAUGAGUCACAGAAGGAGGAAUAUUUCAGGAAGAGGAUCAGUGCUGAGCAUCAAGCAAACAGAAUAAUAUCACACAUUAGAAGAGUAAGAAGCCUCCAUAUCAUGUGCCACAUCCCUGUCUUCUGCUGGAUAUCAUCCACAGUACUUCAGAAGCUCCUGGAAGAAGAUCUGAAUGCAGAAAUCCCUCAAACUCUGACUGAAAUGUAUAUUCACUUUUUACUCAUUCAGAUAAAUAUGGGGAAUCAGAAGUAUGUAAAGAGAAAUCCAAACAAACUCCUGCAGUCCAACAGAGAAAUGAUUGUGAAACUUGCAGAAUUGGCUUUAAAACAGCUGAUAAAGGGCAAUGUUAUGUUUUACGAGGAGGAUCUGAGUGAGUGUGGCAUAGAUGUCACUGAUGCAUCAGUGUAUUCUGGGAUUUGCACUGAGAUCUUUAAGGAGGAAUCUGUGAUUCAGCAGAGGAAGGUCUACUGCUUUAUACAUCGGAGCUUUCAGGAAUUUCUAGCAGCUUUAUGUGUGUUUUACUCCUAUCAGAUAAAGAAAAUGGAGUCACUGAAGUUUUUUCUUGACUGCAGACAUGAGAGUAAUAUGUCUACACCAUACUCAUUGUGCGAUCUUCUAAAAUCAGCAGUUACUAAAACUCUUCAGAGUAAAAAUGGUUAUCUUGAUCUUUUUUUGCGGUUCCUGUUGGGUAUCUCACUGGAGUCCAAUCAAAGACUCUUAGAGGAUCUACUGACCCACAAAGAAAACAGCUCAGAGACUAUCAGAGAAACCACAGAGUACAUUAAAAACAAAAUCAAGGAAAGUUAUGGUCUCUUAGCUGACAGAUCCAUUAGUCUGUUCCUCUGUCUUCUUGAAGUAAAUGAUCAGACACUGUUCAGAGAGAUUCAGGAGUUUGUGAAAUCAGGUGAACAUUCAGAGAAUAAACUCUCCCCUGGACAUUGCUCAGCAAUAGCCUACAUUUUUCAGUUAUCAGAGGAGGUGCUGGAUGAAUUAGACCUCAUGAAAUACAAUACAUCAAAUGUGGGUAGAAGGAGACUGAUACCUGCUGUAAUUAACUGCAGAAAAGCCAAAUUUGCUGGAUGUCAUCUGUCUGACCAGCACUGUGAAGACUUAUCUUCAGCUCUGCAAUCACCAAACUCCCAUUUGAGAGAACUGAACCUGAAUAACAAUGACCUGCAGGAUUCAGGAGUGAAGCUGCUCUCUGUUGGACUGAAGAGCGCAGAAUGUCCACUAAACAUACUGAGAUUGGCAGGCUGCAGGCUGACUGGUGAUUGCUGUGAAAGUUUGUUUUCCGCUCUCCAAUCAUCAAAUUCAAAUUUAAGAGAGCUGGACCUCAGUAACAAUGGCCUGCAUGAUUCAGGAGUGAAGCUGCUCACGGAUGGACUGAAGAGUUCACAUUGUGAACUAAACACACUAAGAUUGGUCACCUGUAAUAUCACUGUUCAGUGUUGUGAAGGUUUGGGUUCAGCUCUACAGGCUUCAAACUCCUGUCUGAGAGAGCUUGAUUUGAGUAAUAAUGACCUGAAGGAUUCAGGAGUGAAGCUGCUGUCGACAGGACUGAAAAGUACACAAUGUCAACUUAACAUACUGAGGUUGUCUGGCUGUAUGGUGACAGAGAAAGGCUGUCAUUAUCUGGCUGUCGCUCUGGGUUCAAACCCACACCUGAGAGAGCUGGAUCUGAGCUACAAUCACCCAGGAGAUUCAGGAGUCAAGCUGCUCUCUGAAAAACUGAAGGAUCCAGACUGCUCGCUGAACCAACUGAAUGUGGAUCAUGGAGGAGAGAUGAGGAUUACAGCAGGACUAUACAAAUAUGCCUGCGAUCUCACACUGGAUCGAAACACAGUACACAAUCGUCUCAUUCUGUCUGAAAACAGCAAAAAGGUGACACAUGUGGAAGACUGUCAGCAAUAUCCUGAUCAUCCAGACAGAUUUGAUGGGUGUCCUCAGGUUCUGUGCAGAGAGAGCCUGUUAGGACGCUGUUACUGGGAGGCUGAAUGGAGUGGAACUGCUAUUAUAUCAGUGACAAACAAAGGAAUCAGAAGGAAAGGAAGAAGUUGUACCUGUGAGUUUGGGUACAAAAACUCUUGGAGUCUGAUAUGUUUUAAUAAUAUAUUUACUGUCUGGCACAAUCUUAAUUCAAUUGACUCCACGUGUCCUCCACACUCCUCUAAGAGAGUAGGAGUGUAUGUCGAUGUAUCGGCUGGCACUCUGUCCUUCUACAGCGUCUCUGACACACACACACUUACACACUUACACACAUUCGUCAAACGCAUUCACUGAGUCACUUCAUGCUGGAUUUACAGUUUUGAUUCAGUAUCUCUGUGUCAGAUUGAAAAGUAGGCCAGUAAGCAACAACAGAGAUAGCUUACCUUUGUUUUGAAAUUGUUAAUUACGCAUAUUUAACUGUUCUUAUUUUUCUCCUGUUAUAAAAAUGUGGCGUUUAUACUAAACAGACACAAAACGUUUUAUUACUUUUAACAAAUAUAUUAUUUAUUAAGAUUAAUUUAUUAGCACAGAUUCCUCACCCAACUCCAGCCUUGGUGCUUAUAAAUCUGUAAAUGAUCUCUAGACACCUGGUUACCAUGGUAAGAUAAGAGCCAGAUCAGAUAAAGUUUAUGACCUGGAAGUAUGUAGAAAGAGUCUUCCUCCUUACUUAAUUCUCUUUAAGACAGACACAUAAUGCUAUAGGAAUGAAUUCAUAGACAAAUUUGUCCAUUACUUUCUUAUCAUACAUAUCCCCAGGUCAUUGUUUGUAUUGUUAUAUAUAUAUAUAUAUAUAUAUAUAUAUA